CCAACGUUUUAAUCCAAUCAGGGAACUCAGGAGGCGGGUCUCUGUAAAGUAAGUAUUGUGGUUCAGUAAGGUUGUAUAAUUCGAACCAAUAAAACAACGCCAACUAAAACGUCACAAUAGGACGGAAUGUUACGCUAGCCAAUGUGAAGCCAUGCCCCACUUUUGUGUGCUGGUUAAUAUUCAUGAGCUGCUUUUUAGAACAAGCCCCAGCGAGACGCCCAGUCGGAUUUGCAUAUGACUGACAUUCCAGCGCACACGUGAACCAAUCAGUGAUCGUGGCGGCAAGAUGACAGGUGGUUUUGUCCACCAAUGGAAUGAGGCACAGGACGACCACUGGGCGGGGCGCAGGCUGGGCGAGGUUGGCACACUGAAAGAGCGACAGGGGGGCAGCCGCGCGCGUAAAGGAGGAGGAAGAGGGAGGGAAGGCAAGAAAGAAAAUAGCCAGGGAGGCUCGAGGGGAAGAAUUCGAGGGGAAGAGUCGAGGCCAAGUGAAUGAUGUGAUACAGCGAUUUUUUUUUUACUACGAAUCCUCAUCGAGUAUUUAGGCGCGAGCGGACGCGCCCCGCAGUGAGCCGCGGAUCGGAGUGACCCCACUGCAGCACGAGCACUGCGCCGGACUCCCCGAUCUGCUGUUACUACACACCGCCGAGGAGCAUCUCUUCUCCGGUUCUCUUCGGUUGUAAACGUGAUCAGCUCGUUCUUUCCGGUCCGGAGUAAGGACUAAAACAGCCGACCAGAGGCGGUGUCGCACCGCUGUUUGUCACAGCGGGGUUCGACCAGUUGCCUAAUAUCAAGUGCCAUCAAGUUAAUAUCUCGGUUGACAGUGACGGGCCGUGAUCGUGUGUUUUUAAGGGAGGCAAAGCGAGGCGUUUGUGUGUAUCUGGGUAAAUGUGUGUAAGUGGAGAGGGUGGCGAAGGUGUCACUUAAAAAGAGAAGUGGAACGUCACUAUCGGUUUGUGGACUUGCAAGUCAUCAUUUUUUGUGGAAUUAACUAUCUGGAGCAACGCGAACAGAUGUAACGUGUUUAGUGGAACAUCUACAACGAUAAGCUGUAAAGUAAUGGCGAAUGCGAAUAAUACUGUACAAAAUCUGUAAAAAAAAAAACAUCCACAUAUCCCCACCUCUAACCUAAUCUAAUGUACACAUACAGAACGUUUUAUUUUUAGAUCAUUCCACUUAGCUUUGAAGUACCGAUUUGUAAAGAAAUUGGUCUCAAGUGCCCAUUUUUUUCUAUCUGGUGAUACAGUAGGCUGUUCUAUUAUAGGCCGUUGUGGUAUAGUGAGCCUUCAGAUUCAACAGUGCGGUCGUGGAUUUACUUAGGGCUUGAUUCCGCCUCUUUGCUUCUGCUUUUAGAGUGAUUGUUGACUGCUACAGUAACUAACCUGACACAAUCCCUCUCCCCCUCCAUACUCCGGUGGAUAGCGUCUUGACUGGGACCGGACUGACCUGGCUGGUCGUCGUUUUGAGAGAUUUUCACAAAUUACAUCGCAGUUCUUGCUCGUAUAGUUACAGUCUAAUGUUCUAGGCGUUGUGCUCCGAGAGCUGUGUGUGUCUGGUCAGAUAUCGGUUGUUGACGGAUGUAGACCGGCUGGCUACUGCUGCGACAUGAUGGCACCGUCUCCGAGGCUGCAGGAACAGGACCAGGGGCGGACCCGGGGGAUGGACUCCUUUGGAGCGCGUCUGCCCCAACCUGAUGCAGUUUCUGGGGAAAACCACAUCAGUUCUGCCAAAGAGGUUCGGAUGUAACCCGCACACUGGCCCUGUAUCGCCGCGCUUGCGUCAAUCAUAGAUUACAGAGAGAGGUGCACAUUGUGCAGCAGACUAAAAUAAACCUCUUUCUUGUGCUUAUCUGGCAAAGUAACGGACUCGUAGGUUUCCUGACACAGAUAGCGAUGUACUAUGCCCUGAUGUGAAGCAAUCCCACUGCACUGAAGAUAAUAUAACCGUGCAUCACAGUUUUAUCCAUGUUUUGCAAGUAUGCUUAGCUAACAGCUUCAGUAUACAUGCUAGUUUGUUUAAUAUCUGUGCACGGUGCUGCGUCUAAGUUUGAAGAUAGAGCGCACAGCCAAAUUCGCUUUAGCGAAUGUAGCCUCCCGCAUUAAAAACGAAGUUGUGGCCAAAAUAAGCAUACGGGCUUUUUAGCCAGCGCGCAGCAAACCUAUCCUAGCUAUAGCUAGCAACUUCACGAUAGCUCAUAGCAUAUCUGUUAGCCGCUGAUGGGUUCAUUAGAUUUAUCUUAACUACACAACGUUUGCUGCUGGCGUGGAGGUAAAGGUUGUUCCACAAUUUGAUAGGUGUACACACAUGUGUGCAAAAGCCUGCAACAUUUAUUAUACCAAUAGGCUGAGUCUCGGACAGCAGUGCUACUCGAGCCCGAGGAUGUAAGUGAGGCCUACUUUAACCCUUCCGUCGCCGCAGAGAUCUGUAAAUGUAAACAAACAGCCGAGAGGGAGGCGCUAGGGAUAACUGGACCAAAAAAAAGAAGGCAGAGUUUGCAGUCCUGUUAUGCGCGUUAACGCGUUGCCACUUAUUUCUAUAUGAUAUUUGAUGGAUUUACAUUGUAUUUGUUAUUUUCGUACAGUUCGCCAGCAACUGUAAAACAACUGUCGUAGCGCGGUCUCAGUGUGUUUGUGGCUUCAAAUCAGAGAUGAUGUCAGAGGGACCGACUGGAUUGAUUUCACCGUGUUUUCAAUAAAUCUGGCUGACACAACAGCAAGAAAACAGCCAGGACACACACGAGCUCCGCUUGUGUGCAUCUCUACGGCGAUGUCGGCGAAGGCAGCCCCGAGUGCGAGCUAGCAGCGGUGCCGCUAUCGCAUGAGACUGUUUAUACCCACGGACUUCAGUUUACCUGCAGACGACUUGAGGCGGAGGCUUGAGAUUUUUUUCUCUGGUUUUAUCGGAUGGACCCGCACCUCCAUUCAUUUUUGAAGAAAACAAUAAACAAUUGACAUUGAGUGUUUUUGAAGAAGAUUUUUGUAUUUUGUUGUCGAAAAUUACGUGUUUUUUUCUCAAUUAUUAAUAAUUCCACUGUCAUCUCAAGUAAGGAUUUUAUACAGCCAUGUUUUCGUCUGAAAGCCCCCAGUAUCUUCGCCAGGGACUCAGCAUGUUUGUGUGGACCAACGUGGAGCCCCGGUCAGUCCCAGUGUUUCCAUGGCAUUCAUUGGUUCCCUUCCUUGCACCCACCCAACCGGAUCCAGUGUCUCAGACGGGGGAGGGACAACAACCUGUCAAUCAGCCGCAGGCGGCCAUUCUGAAGAAAGAGCCCCAGGGGUGUGUGGUGCAGCUGAAGGAGGCCUGUGAUGCCCCCCCCUCGAUGGACAGAGGGCCCCCCCGCCCCACCCCCAUCACAGAGGACCAGCCUCCGGACCGGGACAAGGAGAGGGACGGGGAGAGGGAGAGGCCAGAAAGCGAGACCGAGAGUGAUGUGGAUGAUGCGUUCUUCACAGGGGUAAUGCCGGACCCCCCCAUGUCUGUGGUCCCCGUGAAGAGGAGGACUCAGUCUCUCAGCGCGCUGCCCAAAGAUGGGGACAAGAAUAGUCCAGGAAAGAGGGAGAAGGACCACAUCAGGAGGCCCAUGAAUGCGUUCAUGAUCUUCAGUAAGCGUCACCGCGCCCUGGUCCACCAGCGCCACCCUAACCAGGACAACCGCACCGUCAGCAAGAUCCUGGGGGAGUGGUGGUACGCGCUGGGCCCCAAGGAGAAGCAGAAGUAUCACGACCUGGCCUUUCAGGUGAAAGAGGCCCACUUUAAGGCCCACCCCGACUGGAAGUGGUGUAACAAAGACAGGAAGAAGUCCAGCUCAGAUGGGCGGGGCUUAGCGGGAGCCAAAGAUAUCAGGGAGAGGAGCAUGUCUGAGACCACCGAGCCUCCGUCUGUGUCUCUGGGAAUGGACCUGAAGGGGAUGGGCUCUGGGAUGGUGGGCGUGGCUGACCGUGGUGGAGGGGAGGGGCCUGUAGGUCAGCUGACCCGCCCUCGAGCUUUUUCCCAGAGUGCUGUGCACACUCUGGAAUGCAGUGAGCGGGGGAACACACAGGCCCUGGCUGAGCUGGCACAGAUGUGCGCUGACGGAGGGCCCCAGCUGUCGGGCCGGCUGCCCCCCCCCCUGCCGCGCGCCCAUAAGGGGGUCAGUGAGGACAUGACCAGCGACGAGGAGCGCAUGGUCAUCUGCGAGGAGGAGGGCGACGAUGAUGUCAUCGAGGAUCCAUACCCAGCCAGUUCUAUAGACCUCAAGUGUAAGGAGCGGGUGACAGACAGUGACAGCGAGAACGGAUCAGGAGACGAAGGAGAACACAAGAGAGUGUUCGGCGGAGUCAUCUGCUCCUCCUCCUCCACCCAUCAUGGGCGGAGCAUCUCCCUCUCCGCCUACCCGUCUCGUCGCUAUGGCGACGGGGAUGCAGCGAGCUCGAAGAGGAGGAGGGGAGGAGAGGGAGGGGGCGGGGCUAUGACAUUCCCUGGAGUGGGGUCUGUGGGGUUGGGGGCGUGUCCUUUGCGGGGGGCGUCGACCGUGGUGACCAGUGUCGUGCGUCCGAUCGUCAGCACGCCCGUACCCAUCGCCAGCAAGCCCCGAGACUCCACCCACAGCCAUAAAGCUCCGCCCACCACACAGCUUCUUAUUGGACCAGCAACUGCAGGAGGGGCUGGGUACUCCUCCUCCUCCUCCUCAUCGCCCAAUCCUAUGAGCGCAGGGGCGGUUCCUGGAGGGCUGGUGACCAAUCUCGUAGUGGGAGGGGCGUUCCCAGCCCAGCCUGCUGUGCAGCUUUUUAGCCCCUCCCACCACUACUCUGGCCACUCCCACAGUAAUGGCCCCGCCCCUCUGUCCCUGCUGCAGCCUCAGCUGCUGCCGGCCUCUCUCGCGCCCUCUGCUGGGGGAAAGGCGCUGGCGCAGGUGCAGUACAUCCUGCCCACCCUCCCCAAGAGCCCCUCCCCCCAGCUGUCAAACCAUCCAACCAGUGUCUUCACCUUGCCGACAGCCCCACCCACACAUGUCUCACUGGCCAAUGGGAAGCAGGCGGGGGCGUCGGCAUCAUUGGCGGGCUACGCCUCCAGUCCUGCAGUGGGAGUGGUCAGCCCUGGGGCAGGAGUGCAAACUCAGUCACAAGUCUUGCAGGGCAAGAUGAUAGUUCCCAUGGCAACAGUAAGGACAGUGCAGGCUCCUUCUCAACCCACAUUUCCUCUUGUGGCUCCUCCUCUUCCUGUCCAGAACGGAGCCCAGACAGGAAGUAAGAUCAUCCAGAUCGCUCCUAUGCCUGUUGUCCAAUCACAGCUCCCCACAGGAGGAGCAGUGCAUUCUGGGAGCCCCUUCCCCGUUUCCAUGGGAACUGCCGCAGUGGUCACCCCAGGGUCCACCCCCUCGCAAGCGGUGCUGCUGCCGCCCCCUCCAACAAGGAUUACUUAUGUCCAGUCCACCCCAGGCAUCCCCUCUCCUCUGCCCCUGGUAUCCACGACAACAGGCUCCACCCAGCCGACCCCACACCCUUCAGGAUCUGCAUAUGUGCCGUCGCCCCUGGCAACGCUUGGCUUCACUGCGAUUGCUCCACCUGGCCAGACACUCGUUCAGCCACUGGUCCCAGGUCAGACUCCCCUGCUGACCCCCAUCCCGUCCUCUAAUUGCCCUUCUCUGCCCUCUGUUCCUGCCCAAGCCUCAGGAGCCGGGGGGAAGAUUGUGACGGCGGCCAUCUACCCUCCCACCAGCGUCACCCUGGCAACGGGGGUGGUUUCCGUGGCAACGGUGCCACCCAGUGUGGUGUACACCGUGUCCAGCCCCUCCAGCCUGUCCCCCCACAUCCUGCCUAAACACACUCCCAGCCCGCCCCUCACACACACACACACACACACACACACAUCCCCACAGGCAGACCGACACCUGCCCCACCCCACCCUGGAGAGGCAGACAGACAGGCAGCCUGAGUCUUAUUCCCCACAGACAGACAGGCAGACAGACAGGUCCCCUCUGCCUCACGCCCAGGCCUCCAGCAAGGCUCCAGCGAGCUCAUCGGCGCCCCCAUCUGGCACUGCAGUGCCACUGCGGCCUACCAGUCCUCCAGCACCCAUACACACAGGCAGUGCACCGGGCACCCCUAAACUGGUGUGUCACCCGGUAAGGGUCCCUCAGAAGGUGAAGGCCACUGUGGCGUCCAUUCCAGUGGGCAACUAUGAGGCCAACAGCCGAGGGAAGGAGCGAGAGAAGGAGAGAGAGAGGGAGAGAGAGAAGGAGAAGGACAGAGAGAGGGAGAGGGACAGAGAGAGGGAAAAGGACAGAGAGAGGGAGAGAGAGAGGGAGGACAGAGAGAGGGAGAGCACGCCUCGUUUCUCUUUUGAGAUGGACCACCCUGCUGAGUCGGGCACCUCUCCGGCCAGGCCUGCGGACGAGGGGUCCUCAGAGGCACACGGCACCGGCGAUAGCCUGGCCACCUCAGGCCGGAAAGAGCCCCCCACCAAAGAGGCUGGGUGGAAGGACUCACACCCCUCCUCUCCUCCCCCUGGUCCAGACCCCACCCUGCCACCCCCCCCUCAAGGGGACAAAGACGCCCCCCCAGCCAAAAAGGUCAAAGUGCGCCCCCCACCCCUCAAGCGCACAUUUGACUCCGUCGACAACAGGGUUCUGUCGGAGGUGUACUUUGAGGAGCGAUUCGCUGAGCUGCCGGAGUUCCGACCGGACGAGGUGCUGCCCUCGCCCACCCUCCAGAGUCUGGCCACAUCCCCCCGAGCCAUCCUGGGGAGCUACCGCCGCAAGAGGAAGAACUCCACCGAUCUGGAUUCAUCCACGGAGGAUCCAGUGUCUCCGAAGCGCAAGAGUCACAGACGGUCCAGCUGCAGCUCGGAGCCCAACACGCCGAAGAGCGCCGCCAAGUGUGAGGGAGACAUCUUCACCUUCGAGAGGCCAGCUGCUGAUGGAGAGGACAUCCUGGGGGAGUUGGAGUUUGAGAAGGUUCCGUACUCGUCUCUGCGUCGGACGCUGGAUCAGCGGAGGGCUCUCGUCAUGCAGCUGUUCCAGGAGCACGGCUUCUUCCCCUCCGCCCAGGCCACGGCAGCAUUCCAGGGCCGCUACUCGGACAUCUUCCCCACUAAGGUGUGUCUGCAGCUGAAGAUCCGGGAGGUGCGGCAGAAGAUCAUGCAGACCGCCGCCCCCUCCGAGAUCACUGGCCAGUCCUCCUCUGACCCCGCCUCCCAGCCCGGCCCCUCCGGCAUGCAGGCAGGUGACGGCUCAGGGGGGGCGGAGCUUCUGGAGCAGGAGGCGGACCGAGAGGCUGAGUACAGCAGCUCAGACGAGUCCAGAGCCGCCGCCACCGCCGCCGCCCACAGAUGAGCUCUGACUGACAGACUGCUCAUCCAAUUAGCAUCUUGAGCCCCACCCACUACCGCUCUGUUCAUCCAGUCCCUGAGAGAGAGGGGUGGGGCCUGGGGCUUCUCUACCUGUACGUACCUUUGUGUCCUGUGCUCAUUCAGGGACACGAGGGACACCUAUCACACACACACACACACACACACACACACACACACACACACACACACAUAUAUAUAUAUACACACACGCCACUUGUCUAUACCUGUGUAUUGUUGGUUUAGACGGUCUUAAAUACUCACACUUGAACUAGCACAUUGUUACCGUUACUUUACAUUAAGCUUCCAUUAAUGCCAGUGGACUUACAAGCAUUGGGACUGACCAGUAAGAUUGGGCCUUACAGACAGAGCCCGCCCCCAGUCGCCGCUAGGUCGUCACUGAUAGGCUACUGCAUUUAUUUAAGAAGGCAACCAAUUCUGCUGCUUGAAACAAUCAAAGAAGUUUUCUAAUUGGCCAGUUGUUGGCUGGGGAGGCGGGACUCUGGCUGCGGCUGGUCACUCAUUGGCUCUGCCGGACCUUGAGGGGCUGGGCCCCCAUUGGCUGAGCCGGGUGUCGAGGGGGCGGAGCGUUCGGAGGAGUUUACUCUGUUUUUCUUCUUUUGGUGUUUAUUAUUAUUAUUAUUUUUGUUUGUUGUUGUUGUUGUUCCUUCUCACUCUGUUGUCACGGGAGACGAGAUCUGUGCACUGAAGAGCUGUGAUGUUCCACCGUGGUCACCGUGGCGACUCCAGAUCAACAUGUCCAUUCCAAUGUUGUUGCCAUGGAAUCUGCAGCCAGGGUGCUCCCUGCCCACUGAUUGGCUGAAGUGGACACUCUCAGUGCUCCUGAUUGGCCAGCCAUAAUGGGAGGGGGUGCAGAGGGGAAGGUGAAUGGUCACACCUGUCUUCUGAUUGGACAGAUUUUUUUAUUGUUUUUUUAUGUAAGCUGCCAGAUAUCUGUACCCUUUUUUUUUUAAUUUGACUUUUAAACUGAAGAAGUACGUGAAGACUCAAACUUUGGCUCUCUUUUUCAAGAGUUUGAUUUCAACGCUGUUCUGUUCUGUUCUGUUCUGUUCUGUUUGCCAUGGGGUUCCUCCUCCUCCUCUUCCUCCUCUGUGAUGUAGUGGAUCUGAUCCCUCUAUCCUGCACUUGUCCUAUUUCCAUCUUUUCUGUUUCUGUCGUUUUUGAGGAGGAGGUGGGGGCUGGGGGGGGGGGGGGGCAUGCCUCUCUACCCCCUCCCUAAGGAAGAUGCCCAACCAGGAAGAUACCCCUCUUCUCUCUCCUCUCUCCCUAUAGUCUUUACCCUCCCCUCCUCUCCUCUAUCCUCUCCCCUCCUCUCCUCUCCUCCUCUCCUCUCCUCCCCUCCUCUCCUCCUCUCCUCUCCUCCCCUCUCCCCAGCAGUAUUCUUGACCCUCACUGUCCUGGUGUGGGCGGGGGGUGGUGUGGGCCGCUCGUGUCUGUUGUGUUGUACAUAUUAACUGUAGAGUCCAAAGACUCGCCAUAUUAAGAGGACAAAUGCUUCAUUGAAUAUUAGUCACCAUUACAGGAAGUUCAGCUGUAAAAUGGAGGUUAAAGGAAUAAAUAAAUAUGAAUAUUAACUUUUUUUGUGUUACUCCUCGUUUUACCAGUAAAGUAUGCAAGACAUUUCUAUCAAUAACUGCCGCAUUUGUAUCUGUAACUUUCAGUAUACAAAUAAACAAAUAAAUUAGACGUUCCAGUCAACAA